AUGACGCUUUCGGGAAAUGAAGAUAACUACGUUUACCAAACUUCUUUUUUUUUUUUUGGACUCUCCCCUGCUUACCGCUACAUAGCCACGACUAUUAACUUUGUAUUUAAUUUUUUUACUUCAUUUUUGUAUUAUGAUGACGUCAUCUACUACGGCAAGUUCAAAAACAGAACCACCCCGAAUACAGUGAGCGGGGAACUGAAGAUCUCCGGUGUGGGCGCGCAGGACGGGGGCAAGUUCACGCUGGAGUUAAACAAGGUCUCUCAGCGGAACUCCUUCAUUUUCAAGAUCAUCAGUCCAGUACCUAAACCUCAGAUCCAUGUGUCCCCGGUGGCGUGUUCCAAAGACUCGGUCCGAUGCAAGCUGCACUGCGGCGGAGACACCAGCGAGGCUGAACCGGUGACCUUCCAGUGGUCGCACAACCCAGAGGUCAAGACAGAAAACAUCACUAUUGACGUCAUCAAUCAAGAAGUGAAGAGCUUCUCCUGCUUCAUGACGAACCCCAUCAGCCAGAAGGAAAGCGAGCCCUUCGCCAACCCCUUUUAUCAGGAAAAGGACAACAUCAUCGCACCGGGAGGGAUCGCCGGCCUGGUUAUCAUGUUCCUGGUGGUCGUGGAGGCGGCAGUGGGCGGCGCCCUGGCUUGACGCCACAAGCGCAAACGCCAUGACGAAGGAACACGUCCAACCAGCACGAACCGGUCCGAGCGGGUGCUGCUGGACAAGCCUUGACGAUCCCGUCGAAGGGGUGUUUUGUGUGGCCCGCAGUCUGGACCGAAGGAGGAUGUCCAUGGCUUACCACUGCAAGUGUCCCUGCAGAGUGGUCAAAAUGUCCGCUUUUAAAAAAUUUUUGGGGGAUCAGUCCCCCAAAGAUUAAUGUUUGGCCUUCUCUCGCACUAAUCCAAUUGUCCAUUUUAUUAAUGCUCUGCUUGGACACUUCCGCUUUUGAUCCUUGCCGUGUCACGUCCGCGCCAUGACAAUGCAAUUGCACUUUUGAGAAAUGAAGAUAACCACCUAACUUCUUUUUUUUUUUUUUUUUUUGGCUCUCCCCUGCUUACCGCUACAUAGCCACGACUAUUAUCUUUGUAUUUCAUUUUUUUACUUUAUUUUUGUAUUGACUUUCUGAAACUGGCCCCUGACACAAAGCUCCAAAGUAAAAAUGUAUAAAUGGAUGCCUCGUUUCUCAAAAACCCAUUAAUGCAUUAUUUUACAGUAUAAAUGUUUAAUUAUCCAUCCAUCCACCCAUUUUCGACCGCUUGUCCCUAUCUCAGCUGCAUUUGGGCGGAAGGCGGGAUACACCCUUGACAAAUCGCCAACUCAUCGCAGGGCCAACAUAUUUUUCCACAUUACUUUCUUUUUUAAAAUUGACUUUCUGAAACAGCCCCUAAUGUGAAGUUCCUAAAGCAAACAUGAAUAGAUGGAUGGUUUGUGUCUCAAAAACCCACAAGGUGCAUUAUUUAACAGGAAAAAUUUAAAAUUUUCCCCAUUAUUUUUUUUUAAAUUGACUUUCUGAAACUGGCUCCUAAUGCAAAGUUCUAAAGCAAACAUGAAUAGAUGGAUGGUUUGUGUCUCAAAAACCCACAAAGUGCAUUAUUUUACAGUAAAAAUGUAAAAUUUUCCCCAUUACUUAAUUCUUUAAAAUUGACUUUCUAAAACUUUGCCCCAAACGCAAAGUUCUAAAGCAAAAAUGAAUAGAUGGAUGGCUUGUAUCUCAAAACCUCAUAAGGUGCAUUAUUUUACAGUAUAAAUGUUUAAUUUUCCACAUUAUUUUUUAAUUGACUUUCUGAAACUGGCCCCUAACGCAAAGUUCUAAAGCAAAAAUGUACAAAUGGAUGGCUUGUAUCUCAAAAACCCAUAAGGUACAUUAUUUUACAGUAUAAAUAUUUAAUUUUCCCCAUUAUUUUUCUUUUGAGUUUCUAAAACUGGCCUCCAACGCAUAGUUCUCAAGCAGUGGUUCUUAACCUUGUUGAAAGUACCGAACCCCAGCAGUUAAAUAUGCGCAUUCACCAAACCCUUCUUUAGUGAAAAAUAUAUAUAUAUUUUUUUUUAAUCAAAUUUGAGAUAAAGUUAUAUCUUUUUUUUUUACUGGUGCACAAAAUGAACCACAACAAAUUACACAACUGCAAAGCAGACGGAAAAUUAGGGGGAACAUUGUUUAGGGGUACCGGUAUCCAUAAAGUUUUUAUUUACGUGAUGAGUCGAGUGUGUCAUGACCACCCCCGAACCCCUGAGGCCGACUCACCGAACCCCUAGGGCAGUGUUUUUCAACCUUUUUUGAGCCGAGGCACAUUUUUUGCGUUGAAAAAAUGCGGAGGCACACCACCAUCAGAAAUGAUUUAAAAUUGAAAUUCACUUAACAGUAAAAUGUGGUUGUCGCAAUUGUUGGAUAUGACCUUAAAGCAUAAGCAAGCAUGCAUCCUUAUAGCUCUUGUCUCAAAGUAGGUGUACUGUCACCACCUGUCACAUCACAUCAUGACUUAUUUUCACUUUUUUGCUGUUUUUCUGUGUGUAGUGUUUUACUUCUUGUCUUGCACUCUUAUUUUGGUGUUUUUUUCUCUUUUUUUUGGUAUUUCAAGUCUUCCUUUGAGCGACAUUUCUACUUUGUUUUAGCAAUAGAGAAUAUUUCAGUUGUUUUUAAUGCUUCUUUGUGGGGACAUUGUUGAUUGUCAUGUCGUGUUCCACAGUAAGUCUUUGCUGUCGUCCAGCAUUCUGUUUUUGUUUACAUUGUAGCUAGUUCAGUUUUAGUUUUGUUCUGCAUAGCCUUCCCUAAACUUCAAUGUAUUUUCUUAGGGGCACUCACCUACUGUUUAUUUUUGGCUUAAGCAUUAGACACCUUUUUACCUGCAGACUGCCUCCCGCUCUAGACAGUAUCGACACUCAACAACACAUCAUUUGCAGACUAUAAUUACUGCUUUGCAAACGAUAUUAUUAACCCAAAUAGGUGAAACUAGAUAAUUUCCCACGGCACAGUUGUUGAAAAACACUGCCCUAGGGUUCGAUCGAACCCAGGUUAAGAACCAAUGUUCUAAAGGAAAAAUGUACAAAUGGAUGGUUAGUAUCUCAUAAGGUGCAUUAUUUUACAGUAUAAAUGUUACAUUUUCCACAUUAUUUUUUAAUUGACUUUCUGAAACUGGCCCUAACGCAAAGUUCUGAAUGUAUAAAUAUUUAUUUUUCCACAUUCGGGAAAGGCUGUCCAUCCAAUGUGUGUAAAAAGUGUACAUUGUAUUUUUGGUUCAGCACUUACAAGUGCAUAACUUUAAAUUGUACGCUUUCAUAGGCACAUGUUUUUGUAAAUAUCUGGAUUUGUAUUACAUUUUUUUUUUUUGACAAGCUCUCAUGUUUUAUUGAGACUGCAAAAAAAGGUCUUCUUGACAGACAUUCUUUUGACUUUUUCCCAAAUGAAUCGUUCGCGUUUUGCUGCUUUUUCGAAUGGUUUCAAGCGCUUAAAUAAACGAUUUGCUCGAUCGACCCCUGAA